AUGGUGGAUGGAAUGUGCACUAUGUGCUAUGCGGACACCGACUCUUUUAUGCUUGCUUUGGGCGCUGAAACUCUCGAGAAAUGUGUGAAGCCCGAUAAGUUAGAUGAAUGGAAAGAAGAAAUUGUUCCCGAGUGGUUUGUGGAAGAGGGUUGUCCUAAGUCUGCAAAGGAACCCGGUUUAUUGAAGCCUGAAGGACCAAAGAAUGGACUCUCAAAGGGGUGGAUGAUAUCAUUAUCACCCAAAUGUUAUAUACUCGCUGAUUCUGAUCCGUGCGAGUUGGAAGAAAAACUGGCGGACCCAAAUAACGCUCAUCGAGUUUACGAGAUAUUGGAAGAGUAUAAAGAUUCAAAAUACUCUACUCAUAUCAAAAACGUUCAGCCAAAGGAUGUCCGCAAAAGAUUCACAUAA